GAGAGAGCGAGCUCUAUCAGUCUUUGCGGACUGGAGGCUCAAAAUAGCGGAAGAGAGUAAGGAGAGAGAGAGUGAGAGAGAGAGUAAUCAAUCAGCCAUGGCAAAUAUCGCUGUGCAGAGGAUCAAGCGAGAAUUCAAAGAAGUGCUGAAAAGCGAAGAGACAAGUAAAAAUCAAAUAAAAGUAGACCUGGUGGAUGAAAACUUUACAGAGUUAAAAGGAGAAAUAGCAGGACCACCAGACACACCGUAUGAAGGAGGCAGAUAUCAGCUUGAAAUCAAGAUCCCUGAGACAUAUCCCUUUAAUCCACCCAAGGUGCGGUUUAUCACAAAGAUCUGGCAUCCCAAUAUAAGUUCAGUUACCGGGGCGAUAUGUUUGGACAUUUUAAAAGACCAGUGGGCUGCUGCUAUGACACUGCGUACAGUUCUCCUUUCACUACAGGCUCUGUUAGCUGCCGCAGAGCCAGAUGAUCCACAAGAUGCUGUGGUAGCCAACCAGUAUAAGCAAAAUCCAGAAAUGUUCAAACAGACCGCUCGACUCUGGUCUCACGUAUACGCUGGUGCUCCUGUGUCCAGUCCCGAGUACACACGCAAAAUAGACAAACUUUGUGCAAUGGGCUUUGACAAAAAUGCAGUAAUAGUAGCUUUGUCUUCAAAAUCGUGGGAUGUGGAGACGGCAACAGAGCUGCUACUAAGCAACUGAUCAACCAGUUCUCUUCAUCAGACCAUAUUUCCCCAUCACAGUCAACUCACCCAUACAUACAUCACCUGUCUAGGUUUGUGUUCAGAGUGAGAGUUUUGAAAGGUUGCCGAGGCAGCAGAUUAGAGACAAUUAGAACUUGGCCUCCUCUGUCUCUUAUAGCAAAUGUUCAUGUCUUUUGUCUUUUCUCCCCACGUUUUCUUUUAUUUUUUUGCCUUGCUACAAUCAUUUACGUCUUCAGAAUUAGGCUGUUUAAAGAAUCCCAAGCAAAGGCAAAACCUGUAUCAUUGUCAUAUCACACUAAAAGAAAUGAAAGAACAUCCACUUGCAUCUGUGAAGCAAUGUUGGUUCAUGUAAAUUAGUGUAUUUAAGGUGCGCACAUCUAAAAGGAAAAACAGCAGGAAUGUUAUUUUUUUCGAGGUUUUUUUGCGAUAUGCUUUUUUGAAUGGGAUAUUUUGCAUUUAAACAAAUUGAAAAUUGAGAUUCCCAGUAUCCCUUCUUUUCCACGCUAUCAUACUAUGAAACAAAUGUGUGAUUUUAUUUGCUCAUUUGAUUCUUUUAAUGUUUUUUGCACUAAUCAGCCCUGUAUAGCAGACAGUAUGGCCAGAUGACAUGGUGUUAUGUUGUGAGUACAGACAAGGUUUCAGAAUAAUUCAUUGAAGUGUUAAAUUUGGAAAUGACAGAAAGAUUCCCCCUCUCAAUUUUUCCUCUUUGUUUUGGAAGGGGGAUAUUGUGGGAUUAGUUGUCACAGAAACUGUUUUUUUUUUUCUAGGGCAGCUGCAGGAAUUGCAGUGUCUUGAUCAUUGACUUAUGUUGCUUUUUUUUUUUGUGAAGAAUUUCUUUUAUGAAAAGGUUAAGUAUGAUAAUACUCGUGACAAAUUUUGUACACAUAGAGAUGAGGAAGUAGAGUAUUGAGAUUGGCUUUUUUUCUUUGUGCCACAAUCACAACUUUGAUGGUAAGAUGUCUUUUCAUUAUGGCAUAAAUAUGUACAAGGCACAUGAGGUAUAGUUGAAGAGUAUAGUGAAGAAUUUAAAGUGUGAGGUGAUUUUCUAAGCAGUUACAUUUUCAAAUUCCAUUCCCAAGCGGCAGGGUAGCCAUUAUUGAAAGCUUAUAUAAAAUAUUUCUAGUCUACAAAGAUGCUUGAAAUCAAAGGGCGAUCGUGCUUUCACCUUGUUCAGUUCCUUAAGGGGUUAAGUGUUAAAUGUUUUUCCCUUGUUACUGCUUGGCCUGCCAUGAUUUGAUAGCAUUCCCACACUCCCACGUUUUUCAAAGUUUUCCCACUUUUACAGCUAGUUGCAUUCAUAAACCUUCUCAUGUACAUACAGCCAAGUUUUUUUUUCAGGAUAAAGUACUGUUCAUCUCUAGAAUGCACCAUCGAUGGCUGGAUUUAUAUUUUGUAUGAAAACAAAAAUGAUACAAAAAAACAAAAGACUGUCUUCCUGUAGUGAUCACCCUGUUCAAUAUUGCACGAAGAAGUGAAUUAAAGGACAAAACUUUCUGUCAAAAGGAGAAAUGCAGGUCAUGGGCUCUGGGUUUAGUCACUUUAAGCUCCUUUACAAAACGAGACAGAAACAAAACCUACUCGAGCCGUACAAGCAUGGUUAUUUAUUGUGAAACUGUCAUAUUCUUUUGAAUUAAAAAAGGUAAAAAAUUA